UGUCCCGCCCUCAGCCCAUCUCGGCUCGGGCAGGAUCCAUCUCUGCGACGGGACACGCACGAAAAGAAGGUGCAGAGAAACCCAACAGGCGACAGAACCAAGACAAGGAAAAAAACUAAACAAAAAUACACACACACACACACACACACACACACACAUAUAUUCGACACAAGGUGGUGUUUCGCAGCGUGAAGGCGGUGCGUGUUGUACAAAGCCACCAACAACCGACCGUCCUUCAUUAUUUAAACUGCACAUCACGGCGGUGACACUCCGGAGGUCCCACUUGGCUGCUGAGAUGCAUGCAGGGAUGAACAGUCAGAUAAUUUGAUCUUCGCUGUGGAAAUAUCCACUCGGUCUCGUUGAUGACAGGAGGAAAGAUGAAGUUUGCGGUUGCGGUGUUGUGGUUCUGCGUGGCUCUUGGGAAAGCUACGAUGCAAGUCCAGGAAGAUUUUGUGUCGCUGGCAGAGUUGGAGGAUUCUCUGCUGAGGAACCUUUUCAGAGGUUACCAGAAGUGGGUGCGGCCUGUUCAGCACGCCAAUGACACCAUCACUGUACGCUUUGGACUAAAGAUCUCACAGCUGGUUGAUGUGGAUGAAAAGAACCAGCUAAUGACUACAAAUGUUUGGCUCUGGCAGGAGUGGGUUGAUGUGAAGCUGAAGUGGAACCCUGAUGAUUAUGGGGGCAUUACCUCUAUCAGAGUGCCUUCGGAGACAAUAUGGCUGCCUGAUAUUGUUCUGUAUGAAAAUGCUGAUGGUCGCUUUGAAGGUUCACUGAUGACUAAAGCCAUUGUGCGCUGGGAUGGCACCAUAACAUGGACUCCACCCGCCAGCUAUAAGUCGUCCUGCACCAUGGAUGUCACCUUCUUCCCCUUUGACCGACAGAACUGCUCCAUGAAGUUCGGUUCCUGGACUUAUGAUGGAAAUAUGGUGGAUCUUGUCCUGGUGGACCACUACGUGGAUCGUAAAGACUUCUUUGAUAAUGGCGAAUGGGAGAUCCUCAAUGCCACUGGAGUAAAGGGAAGUAGGAGGGAUGGGGUUUACUGGUAUCCAUUUGUCACAUACUCCUUCAUCCUUAAAAGGUUGCCCUUGUUCUACACCCUCUUCCUCAUCAUCCCCUGCCUUGGCCUGUCCUUCCUUACUGUGCUGGUAUUCUAUUUGCCAUCAGACGAAGGAGAGAAACUUUCACUUUCAACAUCGGUGCUGGUAUCGCUCACUGUGUUCCUGCUGGUCAUAGAAGAAAUUAUCCCUUCAUCCUCAAAGGUGAUCCCACUAAUUGGAGAGUACCUGCUCUUCAUCAUGAUCUUUGUCACAUUCUCCAUUAUUGUCACUGUCUUUGUGAUUAACGUCCACCAUCGCUCCUCUGCCACCUAUCACCCCAUGGCACCCUGGGUAAAGAGCCUCUUUCUUCAGAGACUGCCCAGACUCCUUUGCAUGAGGGGACACACAGACAGAUACCACUUCCCAGACAUUGAGAUGCGAAGCCCAGAGCUGAAGCCCCGUCGAGGUGCGGGUAGGAGGGGCGUUCCUGGGCACUGUGGCGGUCAGCAGAGAGGCCCCCAUGGAGGGAAGGAGGAUGAAAACCAAGCUUGGUUGGCAAUGCUGGAGAAAGCCACAAAUUCCGUUCGCUACAUCAGCCGUCAUAUCAAAAAGGAGCACUUUAUAAGAGAGGUUGUACAAGACUGGAAAUUUGUGGCUCAGGUGCUGGACAGAAUUUUCCUGUGGGCCUUCCUAACAGUGUCAAUCCUGGGAACUAUCCUUAUCUUCACCCCUGCUUUGCAGAUGUACCUCAGCACACCUUCAUGAAGGCGCACACUCAGAUUCAUGAAUACUAUCCAACAGUUCGUUCUUGGUUUCCAGUCUGUCUUUAACUAUGAUUUAUUGAUAAAGCUCAAUGAAACAUUCAUAUUGUAUCUUUCUAUUGUAGAGACAAGCCCGGGCAACAAACUUUUACCUCCCUACAACAUGGUUUGCAGCCUGUAAUAACUACUGGAAACUGUAAUGCUCUAGAUGCAACUUGUCCAACUUGAGGAGUAUAAGCAAUAAACAGGUUAAGGUAGCGUGUAUGAUUUGAACAUCUUUGUUUGUAUAAAUGUAAAAGUAAUUAUACAUGCAACAAAAUGCACAAUGUCACUCCAUGAAUAUUGAGCUGUUUUAUGUGUCACAUGCACUUUGUUGAUUAUUGUAUGUUCUGUAAUGAUGAUCAGAAUAAAGAAAAAAUUGAA